GCCGUGUUCGGCCGCGCGCGCGGCUGCAAGAAACAAAAGAAGAUGGCGGCUCCCAGUGGUGAUGAUCGACGGAAGGCUGUCAAGGAAACUUUCGACGUGCUCUUGGAGAUGUCACAGCUGCUGAACACGGGUCUGGACCCGCAGUCGCUGGCGCUCUGCGUCCAACUGUGCGAAAGCGGCGUCAAUCCGGAAGCCCUGGCCUGCCUCAUCAAGGAGAUUCGCUCCCGAACGUCGUCCAACGUCAAUAGUUCGAGCAUGCGGCCUGAACAUGCCGAGCGGUGACUGCGCUCAUCUACUUGCUGAAGAUCAGCUGGCCCUCUAGUGUUUGCCCGGAGCAUUCAUGGCUACCCCUGCUGUCUACCCUGCCAAUCGACUUUGUACAUCUGCAAGUCGACGGCGAUUAAGUGACUAAGUUAUUUUGUGCUUGAGGCUUUGCCCAAGCGAUGUCACGGUAACAGAAUGGUUCAUUUUUUUGUUAUUGUUUUUAUUGUACACUCCUACAACCUGACUCCAAAUGGCAGA